AUGUCCAGCACGUGUAUCUCAUUGUCGGGCUCGACACAAUGCCCUGCUUUUGACAGUUCCUCUGUCUCGACGAACUCCAGCCUGUAUACAGACUUUCCCUUCAUGCAAUACGUGUCGAACCUAACACAGUUCGACAAUGAGCUGAGCAGCUAUGUCAUGCAGGGAUAUGUCAAGGAAAAGUAUGAGGAAUACUUGGGCUGUCAGGGGGUAAACUUGACAGAUACCGACGAUUAUUAUGCCCGCUAUACGACAAGUGUAUUAUGUAGCAGCCUGGUACAAAGCUCAAAGAGUGAUUGUAACCUAUCCGAUGAAGAGUCAAGACCGCUUUGCGCUGAUACCUGCGCAUCAAUGGCGAUCAGUGAAGAGGCGAUAGUUACGGAUACUAAUCUCUGCUCCGAAAAGGCAAGCGACUACAUGUCUCAAAUUCGGUCUGACUUUACGAUCUGCGCCCUACCAGCCGAUUCGCUUACGGUAACUUGCAUCACGGGAGCCGAAAACGAACCGAAGAACUGCGGAUAUCGUUCAAAUCUCUUGGGACUGUGUACAUAUUGCGCCUCAGGAUCGUCAAAUUCCACCGAUUCGUGCUGUACAGAUUCGAAUGCUGCUACUCGGUGUUCGAAUGUCACAGUUCCGUCUUCGACACUUCCCCCGAUAUUCACCUCUACAGCUGCGUCCAACUCAACAGCAGGCUCCAAUGACUUAUCGGGAGGGCAAAUAGCGGGAAUUGUUAUAGGUUCGGUAGCCGGAUUUGCCCUUCUCGCCGCAUUAGCCGUGUUGGCAUUGAUUUAUUGGCGUCGCAGGCGCCGGGCUGAGAAUGAUAGCUCACUGAAUCAGCCCAACCCCCAGAGGAAGGGGUCACCGUUAAUGCAGCAGGACCGAAGUCUGCAUGAGUUUGCUGCCAUACCCGGCGGUCGAGUUGCCAGGAUGUCCGCCUUGCGCGAAGUUUCCAGCUCAUCCCCCGCUCGAUCUCGGUACUCUGCUUUGUUCGGUGGCGGAAAGUACAGCGACACCUCAGAUUCCGACCACGGUGCCAGCCCUGGAGCAAUGUCGAAAAAGAUUCCCCCCACAACAGGAAAGCGCCAUGGAUCGCUUUCCAGUAACUCAGCCUUGGCUGGUGCGGGCACAGAUUCCUCCCCUCGUUCAGGAACCGGCGGCCAGUAUUCGUCACCGGACGGACUGACCAGCGGCCAGUCGGAGCAGCUAUCUGCCUUCCAAGACUACUACUCGCAGGAUGACAUUCAUCCGGGUGACAAGGUUGCCGUACUCUGGGCAUACCAGCCUCGGGCAGGUGAUGAGUUUGCGCUGGACCGCGGCGAAAUGCUGAAAGUGAUCGGCAUCUGGGACGAUGGGUGGGCUACUGGUAUUCGAAUUCCCGAAACGGCAGAGGAUCACGAUGCUCGACACCGCGAGCAACGAGAUAGUGGUGUAUCUAAUGGCUCACGGCGGGCCGCUACAUCUCCCGCUCCCGUUGGGGAUAUCAAGGCAUUCCCUCUGGUCUGUGUAUGCCUUCCGCAACAUUGGAGGAAAAUCAUCGAUGGCGGACAAGCUGAAGACGACUAA